GGGUUGGGAAACAAAAGCGCUUGCUGGAGACUGGAUGGGAGCCCUGAGGGUCUGCCAGAGUCGGCACCCUCACCUGGGUGGCCGCUGCACCCUCCGGGAGCCUGGAGCCCUGUCUCCCUGAGAAUUCCCCUGGCUUCUGUAUCUCCGACAAAAGAGCAAGGAUGAGGGGCUUUCUUGGCCGGCGGGCUGCAGAGAUUCUGGGGAUGUGGGUGGGGCAGGUGUCUGCAGUCCAGGGAAGCUCUCUGCCGAGAGUGGGCGAGCUCAUUUUUCCUUCCCUUCCCCAGUCUGUCUUUCGGUCCUUCAACUGCUCCAUGUUAUCCCCUGCCUGCAUCCCCGUCUGCCUCUAGCUGAAGAUGAAAAGAACCAAAAAAGAGGUGAAAACUGGGUGGAGGGUCCACAAGUCUCGCAGGCCUCCACACCUGGACCUUGGUCCUUGCCUUUAUGCCGGGCGCCCCUCCCUCCUCCAGGAAAAGUCUUCAAGACACCCCAACCAGGACUCUGCAGCCCUGCUGCUGUGCCCCAGCCUCCUCAGAUCCCUCUUCCUCAGACAAAGCUCCUGGAGCUGCUCUCUCAGGAUUCCCAAGACACCAGCCACGCCCUCAGGACCCCCUCCUUGCUCCGCAAACAAAGAGGCUGUGCCAGGCCAGCCAGCCACGCCAUUCCCUGGCCCAGUUAAGCCCAAACUGCUCAGACUCAUCCCCAGACCUGCUCUGACUGCCUCCGCCACUGCAGGGUCAAGGUCCCUUUACUCCUCCUCCCCUCUCAAAGAUACCUUCUCCCCCUGGGUGCCCUUCCAGGGGGUGGGGGUGGGGUUGUCUGUGAGGACUACAGGGCCCAGUAGGUGGAAUGAAGUUCUGGGUUCUGAAUUCUGGGUUGAGUGAGAUGCGCUGGUCCCAGUCAGUAGCGACCACAGGACUAAGAGAGAGGGAAGAAUGGGGAGUAUGCGCGCUAUUCAUAUUUAAUUUACAAAGGCUCCUCUGAAGCCUUGGUCGGUGGUCUCUUUAGAUGCAGCACCCAUCACCCGGCUCUCUUGUCCACCUCCCCAGCUCAUUAAAAUGCUCAACACUCAAAUCAGAAGACUGAUCUCCAAGGCCCCAAACCCCAUGGACCCACCUCCGGAGACCACUUCAGCCUGAUUGCAGCAACAGAUGUGGGAAGCGCCUUUGGGCUGUCGUCCUGGCUCCCCCACAUUAAGUCUGGAAAAGGAGUUGAACCCCGAGGGCAGCGAGAGGAGAGUCGGCGGCGAGCAGCCGGGUCCGCGAUGGUGCUCCUGAGGGCCCUGUGGCUGGCCUUGGCGCUGCUAGAAGUGGUCGGAGCGUGCCCAGAGCCAUGCGCCUGCGUGGACAAGUACGCGCAUCAGUUCGCCGACUGUGCCUACAAGGAGCUGCGUGAGGUGCCAGAAGGACUGCCGGCCAAUGUGACUACGCUGAGUCUGUCGGCGAACAAGAUCACCGUGCUGCGGCGCGGGGCCUUCGCAAACGUCACUCAGGUCACAUCGCUGUGGCUGGCGCACAAUGAGGUGCGCACUGUGGAGCCGGGCUCGCUGGCGGUGCUGAGCCAACUCAAGAAUCUCGACCUGAGCCACAACCUCAUAUCCAGCUUCCCAUGGAGCGAUCUGCGUAACCUUAGCGCGCUACAGCUGCUCAAGAUGAACCACAACCGCUUGGGCUCGUUGCCCCGGGACGCACUCGGUGCACUGCCCGACCUGCGCUCCCUGCGUAUCAACAACAACCGGCUUCGUACUUUGGCUCCUGGCACCUUCGAUGCACUAAGCGCGCUCUCACAUCUGCAGCUCUAUCAUAACCCCUUCCACUGCGGUUGCAGCCUUGUGUGGUUGCAGACCUGGGCCGCAAGCACCCGGGUCUCUUUACCGGAGCCCGACUCCAUCCAGUGCUCCUCGCCUCCCGCGCUGCAGGGGGUGCCGGUGCGCCGCCUGCCCGCCCUGUCCUGUGCACCACCCAGCGUGCAUCUGAGUGUUGAGCCGCCGCCUGAGGCGCCCGGCAGCCCCCUGCGCUCUGGUCUGGCGCUCACACUACACUGCGUCGCGGAAGGACACCCCACGCCCCGCCUGCAAUGGCAACUUCAGAUCCCGGGGGGCACUGUAGUCUUAGUGCCGCCAGUCUUGAGUGGGGAGGACGACGGGGACGGGGCAGAAGACGGGGAGGAGGAAGGAGAUGGGGACGGGCCAACGCAGACAGAGGCCCCAACUCCAACUCCAGCACCCGCUUGGCCCGCGCCCCCAGCCACCCCGCGCUUCCUGGCCCUCACAAAUGGCUCCUUGUUGGUGCCCCUCCUAAGUGCCAAGGAGGCAGGCGUCUACACAUGCCGUGCCCACAACGAGCUGGGUGCCAACUCUACGUCAGUACGGGUGGCAGUGGCAGCUGCCGGGCCCCCAAAGCAUGCCUCUGGCGCAGGGGGAGACCCUGAUGGACAGGCCCCAACCUCUGAACGUAAGUCCACAGCCAAAAGCCGGGGCAACAGUGUCCUACCUUCCAAGCCCGAGGGCAAAAUCAAAGGCCUAGGCCCGGGACAGGUUAGCUUCCUCGGGGAGACAGAGGCGAGGCCGGAGGAGGAAGAGGCAGAUGAGGGAGAAGAGGCGGAAAACCAGGUCUCAGCUGACAGGGUGAAAGAGCAGCGCUGUGGUCACGGGGAUCCCUCGCGGUACGUGUCCAACCACGCGUUCAACCAGAGCGCCGAGCUUAAGCCGCACGUCUUUGAGCUGGGCGUCAUCGCGCUGGACGUGGCUGAGCGCGAGGCGCGGGUGCAGCUGACGCCGCUGGCGGCGCGCUGGGGUCCUGGGCCCGGCGGGGCUGCGGGAGCGGGGCGGCCCGGGCGGCGGCCAUUGCGCCUGCUCUAUCUGUGUCCGGCUGGGGGCGGCGCAGCAGUGCAGUGGUCGCGUGUCGAGGAGGGCGUCAACGCCUAUUGGUUCCGCGGCCUGCGGCCCGGCACCAACUACUCUGUGUGCCUGGCACUGGCGGGCGAGGCCUGCCACGUGCAAGUGGUGUUCGCCACCAAGAAGGAGUUGCCCUCAUUGCUGGUUAUCGUGGCGGUGAGCGUGUUCCUCCUGGUGCUGGCCACCGUGCCCCUGCUGGGCGCCGCCUGCUGCCAUCUGCUGGCCAAACACCCGGGCAAGCCCUAUCGUCUUAUCCUGAGGCCGCAGGCCGCGGAUCCCAUGGAGAAGCGCAUCGCCGCCGACUUCGACCCGCGUGCCUCUUACCUCGAGUCCGAGAAAAGCUACCCGGCAGGCGGCGAGGCGGGCGGCGAGGAGCCAGAGGAGGCCCCCGGGGAAGGCCUUGACGAAGACGUGGAACAGGGGGACCCCGGUGGGGACCUGCAGAGGGAGGAGAGCCUGGCGGCCUGCUCGCUGGUGGAGUCCCAGUCCAAGGCCAACCAAGACGAGUUCGAGGCGGGCUCCGAGUACAGUGACCGCCUGCCCCUGGGUGCCGAAGCGGUCAAUAUCGCCCAGGAGAUUAACGGCAACUAUAGGCAGACAGCAGGCUGAACCCCCCGCCCGCCAGGCCGCCCAUAUUCAUUCCCACAGUACCUUGGGUGCCUGGAGGCAGAAGUCUAGGGCUGGCAGGAUUUUUGCACCCCCUACCUUCACUUCACCCCCUUACCACCCUCUAACCUUGACUACCGGCGACUUACAGUGGGGAAUGGGACGAUUUCACCAGUCCCGCCCACGAUGGUCAUUGUCCUUGUGGGCUGAAUUCCCCUUCAUGGCAAGCACAGAUCCCCGCUCCUCCUUCCUUGUGUGAGACCGCUGACCGUGAGGCGAAAUCCAGGCCUCUCCAUUCCCACAAUUAUCUGUCAAAUCGGCUCCGCGGCCCUUCUCCCCGUGGGCUCGGGAGCCAGAGGAAAUGGGAGUAGACGUUGGAAACAUUUGCUGGUAACGCCAUAGCUUGGGGGUAUGCCCGGGACCCCCGGCAGAUGUCCCUAGCUUGGAGCGCUAUGGGGUCCCGCCUCAACCCCUACUUCACCCUUCUCGGGAUGUACAAACCAGAAGUCAGGAUUCGAUGGCAACUCCCUAGUUUUUAGUUUCAAAGCCCCCUUCUGACUGGGAACCAACCGCUUCUGUUCCCCCACCUCCUCUCCGUUUCUGCCCAGCUGGAGCCUCUACAGGUGCCUGCGGCGCCUUCCAGCUCCGCGCUCUGAUUUUCUUAUUUUCGUUGUUUUCAAAGACAGCGACAGUCCGGGUCUGGUGCUAACACUCCCUACCCUCUGGGGAAAUUGGGUGGGUGUGUGUGUGUGUGUGUCUGUCUGGGAAUGGGGGGAAUCCGUCUUCCCUUGCCCUCUCUCCUAAUUUAAAACGCCGCAGAACCGCGCUCCCUUUUCCUGCGGAGAGUAAGGGCUUGGUCCCGGGCCAAUUUCAUUGUGGGUGAGUUGGGGUUUUUGGAGAUUGGUGCACUCGACAGCUCCGCUUCCACUGCUGCAUGGGGCCCAGGCCUCAGCUGGAGAAACGCGGGGGUGCGCAGGAAGCCAACUCUGGUCUCCUGGACGCCGCCUCUCCGGUGGGACUAGCGCCCUAGGACGCACAAAGCCUGCGCGUGACCGUGCGGCGGGAUCCGGGUAGAGAUAAGCCCUUCAGUCCCCGCGCCUCCCCACCCUGCCCCUCUUUCCUCGAGAAUAGUAUUUGCCCGGCUGUAGUCCUAGACAAGCGUGCUCUGUAGGAGAAAAGUCUGUGUCCUGUAAAAGUGUGUCAAGUGUAAUGUAGGGAGGCGG